AUGCAAGGCGCAGAGAGUAAACGAGCAGAGAUUAAAGUAGCAGAGCUCAAAGCAGCGGAGAAGCAGCGGCAGCAGCAAGCAGCACCACGAGAGAGUCAGUUUGAAGAAAGCGUCGAGCGGAGGAGGAAGCAGGGUUUGGACGCCGAAGCGCCUUUUGAGUCAACGCAGAUGAGAAAUGGAUCAGAGGGCAAUGAAGUGGAAGUGCAGGGGGGUAAAGCAGCAGCAGAGGCGCUGCAGCAGGCCGCAGUGCCAGUGAGCCGUGCUGCUGGGGAAAGAGGAGAGCCGAAGGGGAGAAAUGUAAGAAACGGAGUAGGAACAAGUCGGAAGAUGCAGGUGCAGGAAACUGAGACGCGAUACCCGUGGGAUGAUCCCGAGGAGCAGGGUGAAUUGGGGGAGGAGGAGGGAGAGAUAGGAAAAGGUCGCAGGGUUGAGAGUGCUGAGAGCGGCGUCGGAAAUGGUGGUUCGGGCCGUGCCGGUGAUGGCAGAAGCAGAAGAAGAGAGGCGGAGAGAAGAGAGGCAGAGAGUGGAGGGGCGGACAGACUAGAGGGGGGAAAGGAAGAGGAGGUGAAGGGGGAUAAGGUCCAGGUUAAGAAGGGGAACGGGUCGAGGGUGGACGCAACGGGAGCAGGGGCUGGCAGUAAAGGAGGCAGGAAUGAGCGGCGUGAGGAGAUGGGGAGAGAGGAGAGUGAAAAGAACAAUGCGGGACGUGCAAGGAAAGGCAACGAGAAUGGGGGUGGCAAUAAGGAUAGGAUGGUGGAGUUGGAUGACCUGGAACCGAUAGUGGUGAAGGAGGAGUGGGGAAUGGAGCUUGAGCGGUUGUUUGGGAAACUUGAGCAAUUAAAGAACAGAGGCUGA